AUGGCGAAAGACUUGGCCCGCCAUAACCCUCUCGUGCGUCGGGCGUUGGCGCGUGCGCUUCACGAAGAUGAUGAACUCAAACAUACCCGAGAUCUGACGCAACAAUGGGCGAAACUGAUCGUAGAACCAAUCCGAGAAGCGUGGAAAUCCAUUCGCACGCCUGUGUUGGUCGUCAUCGACGCCCUGGACGAGAGUGGUGCAGAGGAUACUCGUAAGUUGUUACUUCAGCUGGUCUCUGGCAAGCAAACUGGUGCUUUGAUUCCUCUUCCACCAAAUUUCCGUAUACUUAUCACUUCUCGUCCACUUCCCGACAUUUACAAUGCUUUUCACAGACAGCAGUUUGUUCAACACGUCUCCCUGGAUGACAUUGCGUCAGAGUUUACCCUACGUGAUGUGGACCAGUUCAUCGCCGCGAGGUUGGGAGAUCUGCGCAUCUUCCAGGCUCAGCACUACGCGGCGCUUGCACAAAAGUCAGGCGGCAUCUUCGAAUGGGCUCGUCUCUCCUGCGAAUAUAUUACGAAACAAAGUUCGAUGGGGCUUACCUCAAGCAGCCGAUACGACGCUGUGAUUGCAGGAACGUCUACCUAA